CCCUCCCCCUUCUUCCUCUCACUUGGUAGGUAGUACGCUGCCCUUUGAGCCUCCUGUUCCGCCCCAAACUCGUCGUAGCAUCACCAAACGUGCAGUACGUCACCCUGUUGGCACUCUGCCUUGCAUGCCGUUCGUCCUUCGAACGGCAACACCGAACGCGGCGCCACCCUCGACCUCUCGACUUGAGCUUCGUGACUCAGUACGCCUGUUCUUCAAUUGGGACAAUCUCGCGUUUGAUCGCACCCUCGCCAACAGGACCGGCCACGCCGACGGCGCGCACUGAUGCGGAGGUGACCGACUGCCCACGAUCCGCGAGCCGCUUUCGCCGCCGAGGUCGUGUGGCCGUGGCCACCAUGGCUGAUCAGCGCAUGCCGCCGCCGGAUGCCUCGUCGCGCCAGGUGUCGUCUGCCCAGACCGCCACUCUGAGCUCCGUCCGCCCUCGGACACGUCGCCUCAUUUCCAUUGCCGACAGCGAUAUAACCCGAGCGGCCUCACCGCGGAUGCCCGCUGACGAGGGCGGCGGCGGCCUCUUAUCAGUGUACAGUGCAUCCACAAGCCGGGCGGCGAGCCCACGCCCCCCUGCUGGCACGGCCGGCGGCACAUUAGGACAGUUUUUGGGCGACACAUGGGCGCAGAGCUGGAACUCGGUCCAAGGGCUCGCCUCUUCGCUCACAGGAGCCAGCUCCGGCUUCAACGCGCCUGCCACGCGCUUUCCGCGGCAAGGGAGGUCCCGAUCGAGUAGUCACAAAGGCGGCACAGGCAAGACUCAGUCUACAUGGGGCCCGGCUCCUCCACCGCGGAACCCCGGACCAGACGACAUUGCAACUGGGUCGUUGGCCGAGCGAGAGGCUGCGCUGAAAGCUGCCAGGACGGCGAGCGUCCUUGAGAGCCAUGAUAACGUCAAUGGCGGGCUGGACACUGCUGGGAAACACAAACGCCGCAACUCAGACGACGUGGCAUCCACCGACAGGUCGCAGCCGGAGGAUUGCCUUGUCUACAUCCAUCGCGUCGCGGUCAACGACACAUAUGCCGGCAUCAUUCUCCGCUUCAAGUGCCGCGAGGACGUAUUCCGGCGCGCCAACGGGCUCUGGAGUCGAGACAGCAUUCAGACACGAAAAUGGGUUGCGAUACCCGUGGAUGCGUGCGAGGUACGCGGUCGACCAUGUGACCCCCCCACGUGGCAUAAGUCGCCGGAGGUUGACCUCCUUGCGCCUACGCCUGGAGGGCCUAAUGACAGCUCGACCGAAGCGCACGAUGAUUUCUUCACGAGUAAGGCGACCAGGAGCGGAGCUUCAGAAGGGGAGGCGACGACUCAGGAUGAGGACGGGCCAUGGACCCAUGUCCGCUGGGUCCAAGUAGAUUCCAUCAAGGAACCCGUUCAGAUCGGCCGCAUGCCCAGGCAAGCCCUGGGAUACUUUCCUCCGCGGCGGAAGAAGAGCGUGGCGACACUGUCGACGGUGUCAACGCCGCGGGAGAGCUCGGACAUCUCCAGUCUUCCCCCAAGUUCCAUGGAGCGGAUCCCAUCACGAAGGAAAAGCUCGCUGAGCAGUGUGCACCAGCUUUCUGGGACACCGUUUUCCAUUCGCAGUCGUGUGGGGAGCGAUGCUCGGGACAAUCGGCCUGCCUGGAUGCGAGGGCCGGGCGGCGUAGGGUCGAUGGGAAGAAACACACGGACACCAGGGCCUGACAAGGACUACCUCAACUCAUGGGCAAGGAGACACCUCCCAGCGCUCAACAUCGAGGGUCUCCCGUCCAUGUCCGUCAUGGGUUCGGAGACUGCGCGCUUUGGCUUCUCAUCUGAGCCGUCGGCGAUCGUUGAGAGCUCGUUUGAGCAGGGACGCGACACCAGUUCCACAUCGCGGCAGGGAAGCGGCUUGGACAGGGCCGCGGCGGCGGUCGAGACGUGGUUGCGCGGAGCCCUAGCCAAGCGUCCAAACACGCCCAUGGUCGGGGGUCGGACAGGCUGGCCCGCAGUUCUGUCUGCCGAGCAAGAGAGCAGCGACCUGAUUGAGCUCGCAGACACUGGGAGCGACGACGGCAGGAUAGCAGCCCGCGAUAGCGCAGCGCUUUCAAUGGCCUUUCCCAGCACGAGCGGCAGAAGCGAUGUUGGGAGCGGCCUCAUCCGGGGUCGAGGGGCCGCAGCGUCCUGGGCAUCGCAUGAUCGCCAAAAGUCGGACUGAAGUACAAUGUGUGAAGGAGAAUACACCAACGUGGCGUGCAAGUCCCAGGGGUGAGGCCGUCGUCUACUGCGUCGUUGAUGCGGGUCAGCGGCUGCUGCCCAUGCCCAAGCGCUCGGCUAAUCCUCCUCUGGUCUUGUCGCCAUGACGCCGUUAGGGAGGGGGCUUCGGGAUUCAACCUUUUCACUGGUCAAUUAGGGCCAUUGUCGUUUAGAAUGCUUGUGUCACUUGGAUAUAGAAGGGAGGCGUCUUCUGCAGCCCCAAGCGGCUGUCACAACUUGCGAGGCGUUCGGGAAGCAUAUGCGCGGGCGAUAUGCGCCUUACCUUGUUGCGACAUACUUUUGUUGGUAGCUAACUACCUUACCUUACCUAGCAUAGUACCUACUUGGGUUCCCAGCCAGCUGUAGCACACCUGCAUGCUAGUUAUUUGA